CCUAUGAUUUUCCGACAAGAUAACAUAAUAGACCAUGCUAACCAUGCCAUGGUUAAGUAGCAAGAAGAACAAUCCAUUUAUGAUUUUUGAAAUUAAAUAUACAAUUCACAAGCAGUUUUGAUUUUGGUCAUAUAUUGUUUGAUUGAUUAUUUAGUACUGGCUAAUAUUUUAUCAGCUAUGCUUUGUUCAAAUUUUGCAAAAAGGGCACAGAGUGGUUAUAGAGGCCCCUGCGGUAAAAGAAGGAAACUGCAGAUCACCAAUGGAAAUAAAAUCACAUAUCCAAGAAAUUUUGCUGUCGUAAGGGUAUUAUUAUAAGACAGUUGACCUGCAAAAUCAACCCCUCCCCCUCUUCCUCCCCCAGUAAUGUCUAAACUUGUUAUUGAUGAUUAUCAAUGUGUUGACAAUAUAAUAUAUAGUUAGAUUGCAUUUUGGUGGUUUAAACAACAAAUUAUCAGAAAGCUCCUCCGCAGAGACACUAGAUCAAAGAGGCUAAGAAGAAAAGCCCCCAGCUCCAAGACGCACCAGUAGAUUCCCGUUUACCAUCGCGAUUCUGAACACCCAGGUCUAUAGCUAACUGAAAAUGCCCAUCACAAUUUCACCGUGCUCGGGUGGUACUUGCCGUAACCACAGCCUGGUCUAUAACGUGACCAAACCAUUUCCACUGUAAUUUUGCGCCAUUUGUUUAUCGCAAUUCAUAUAUCUUUGAAAUUAGUAUAAUCCAUAAUGCCUGAAUAUAAUUGUGCUUUGUCUCCUCUUGGAGCUAAACUUGACGCUAAACAAUACAGGGUAUUUGGCGACCUGUGGACAUCCAAUGGACUAAGAAUAAUCUUGCAACUUAAGAGUCUACAGGGAUGUUACCCACUUUAGUAGACAUUCUAGGACAAUAAGUGUUUAAUACGUUUUGCAAGAGAAGACAAAGAAUAAGCUAUCAAGAUGCAAGCAACAGUUUGUUGAUCUUAGCUGGAGUCGUCGAAGAAAAGAUGUCGUUUCUUCAAAGAGUGGUAGGGGAAUUUCAAGAAGUGCAAAGAAGUAGAUUCUUCUUUAAAAGAGGUCAUCAAAGACGUUUGCCACUUUGGUUGUUCAUGAUAACAGUUAUCAAGGCCGAUCGAAAACAGGUUUGCCUUGCAUGGACAGAUACAUACAGGCUUGAAUUUACGGUUACAGAUCGUGACCUACUCGCACAUGUUUGGGGUUUGGUGAAAGGAAAUGUUUCUAUGGACUAUGCAAAACUGUCCAGAGCCCUGCGCUACUACUAUGGAAAGAGGAUUAUCGAAAAAGUUCAAUCACAGCCAUACACAUACAGAUUUAUACUCUCUGAAAACACGAUGCCAUAUUUACCGACACAAGAAGAGCUUUCUGCUCAAUUUAACAAGGGUGUCAAGCCGUCAAGAACAAAGUCUUUGCCAAACUUUCUCAGUGUUUUUGCACAAUACGUUGCCACCAAGGAUAAAGAAAUAAAACAAGAGGCUCAAAAUGACCAAAAGUGUUCCAGUACAACAUUACUUGAAGUCCCUGAACAAUACAGAGUUAGAACUAAGUCUCUGCCAUGCAAAUCAAAAUUUACUGCCUUUGAUGAAAGUUCAACAGCAACGAAAUCCUCAAUUAGCAAUUCAAACGAAUCUGGAUCAGAAUUAGACACUUCUUCGACAGAAGACUGGGCUGACCUGGAAGACGCAAUGCCAUUAUUUAUGAAACAGAAACAUAAAGAAAAGGAUCUACUCACAGCUUGUUUUAUGUCAAAUGACCUUCCUCUUCUGCAAUUUGAAGAUUUGAGAAGCCUUGAUGAGGAAUACAGCUCUGAAACGUCUGAAUGUUGUAGCCCUCGCUCUUGUGAAAUGGAGAUAUGCGAGGAUACUUCUUUCUGGAUUUCCGAAAUGACACAAAACCCAGAUCUCAAACUCCCCCAAAAAACAGAAAUGAUGGAGAUUGAAAACCUGACAAAUCCUCUGGUGAAUGAGGGGAGCUCUAUAAUGCAUUUUGGAGAUGAAAUGGAUAUUAUGCAUCAGAUUGUCGGUUAA